AUGGUCAAGGUUGAUGUGCCGCCGCUGAGCAGCCCUCCGCCGAGGCAGGAGGCAGCCUCUUCGGGAAGGAGGGCGAUGGAGCUCAACUGUUUAACACUACAAGACCUGAUCAGCCCCAGGCAGCCCAGGCUAGAAUUUGCGAUUGAAGAUGGGGAAAGUGCACAAAAGGAAAAUAUAUUUGUUGAUCGAUCCAGGAUGGCCCCAAAGACACCAAUGAAAAAUGAACCCAUUGAUUUAUCGAAGCAAAGAACCUACACACCCGAAAGAAAUCCAAUUACACCAGUUAAACUUGCUGACAGACCUCAGGCAGAACCCUGGACCCCUACAGCUAACCUGAAGAUGCUCAUUAGUGCUGCUAGUCCUGACAUGAGGGACCGGGAAAAGAAGAAGGAGCUGUUCAGACCAAUUGAAAACAAGGAUGAGGCAUUCUCAGAUUCACUACAGCUCGAUGCUGUUGGGGAUGGCCCUGUGGAUGAAUUUAAAAAGCAGCUGACGAGCAGAAAGCAGAAGAGUUUAGGACUCCUAUGCCAAAAGUUUCUGGCUCGCUAUCCAAGUUACCCCUUGUCCACUGAGAAAACGACAAUAUCCCUGGACGAAGUGGCAGCCAGUCUGGGUGUUGAACGGAGGCGCAUCUAUGACAUCGUGAAUGUGUUGGAGUCCCUGCAUAUGGUUAGCCGAGUGGCCAAAAAUCAAUAUGGCUGGCAUGGACGGCAUGGCCUCCAGAAAACCUUGAAGAACCUCCAGAGACUAGGAGAGGAACAGAAAUAUGAAGAACAGAUGGCCUAUUUUCACCAAAAGGAGCUCGACCUAGCAGAGUAUAAAUUUGGAGAGCGUAAAAGGGAGGGUUUCCUAGAUUCCCAGGACCAACACUUACUGGAUUUCUCUGAGCCUGAUUGUACCUCUGCAUCUGCAAACAGCAGGAAGGACAAAUCUUUGCGACUUAUGAGCCAGAAGUUUGUCAUGCUGUUCCUUGUCUCCAAGACUAAGAUAGUCACCCUAGACGUCGCUGCCAAGAUACUGAUAGAAGAGAGCCAGGACGUGAUUGAUCAUAGCAAGUUUAAAACAAAGGUUCGGAGGCUGUAUGACAUUGCCAAUGUUCUGACCAGCCUGGUGCUAAUUAAGAAAGUUCACGUGACAGAAGAGCGAGGUCGGAAGCCAGCAUUCAAGUGGAUUGGUCCUGUGGAUUUCAGCACAGAAAAUGGUGAACAGUUCAUAGAUGUUUCAACAUCUGCUCUACCGGAACUGAAAACAGAGCCAUGCUCUCCUUUUCAGCCCUGUGUGAAGCAGAGACUCACCCGCCACAGCUCUUUCAAUGUGAUUCCCACUUCAGACAGGAUCAAGAAGAAAGUGAGCUCAGAACCCAACAGCCCUCGCCGAGGAGAGCAAGGUUCAGAUGAGUAUUGCUCAAAAAUAGUCAACCUGGCAGCUGCCUACAGGCAGAAAGUAGAUGAAGAUUCACAGAAUCAGCAAUGUAUCAGUAAAAAGAUGAUGCAUUCGUCAGGCAAGCUCGACCCUGUUGCUCCUUUCCCAGGUCAUCCUCAGGACUCAGAAUAUUGCUUUCAUCCAUUAUCCCACCAAGUAUUUUCUGUUGCCCCAGCAGACCUGUCACCAGUCCAUCUACAGAAUGGUCUCGAUGGACAUGUAGCUCUUGUACCUACUCCCACCGCCUCCAAAGCAGAAAGCUUGAAGUCCACUAUGCUCCCCAAUCAGCCUUUGGUCUAUGUUCCCUCUGCUUCUCUCUUCAUGCUGUAUGGAAACCUCCAGGAAGGCCACCCCAAACCAGAAAAGGGCCAUGAGACCCCUGAGGUGGCACAGACCUCCUCCUGCUCCACAGAACUGUCAGCCCUGCCCCUUGUGAACUCCCACAAGCGUAGGCCUCAGGAAGCUCAGGAGCCAGCUGCUAAGAGACAGAAUACAGAAAUUGAGGAUGGCCCACUCUCAUUGGUGCUGCCCAAGAAACUCACAGACCCCACUGAUGUUGCUUCUCCCAGGAGUGUUGGUAGUGUAGAUACCAUGCCCUUAGAAGCUUUUCAGGGGUUCUCAGAAAUGCCACUUGCCGAGGAGGCAGCAAGAAAAACUACAAUCCAGUGCCUAGCUACCCCUGAGAGGAGGAAUCCUUUGAGAAAUGCAGACAUUGAAAAGACUUCAAAAGAAAGAGAAAACCUCUCUGAAGAAAACACCAAAGAUCGGUCUCAGCCACAAUAUCUUUAUGUGCAGUCCGCGCCUGGAUUAAAUGGUUUUAAUUUCCUGCUGCCUGCCCACCAAGCUGCCAAUGCUGUUGGACCAUCUCCAAGUCAGUUGACUUCUCUCCAUGUUCCAUGCAUGGUUGUGCCAUCUACAGCCCUGGCCCCAAUGCCUUUUUUCUAUUCUCCGGCAAUCAACAGUCCAGUGCCUUCUUCUGGCCCAGUGAAUUUUGGCUUGCCAGGCCUCAGAUCAUCAAGUCAGCUUCUCGUUGGCACCAGCAUGGUUAAUCCAAAGACAACAAAAGCCUCUUCCACGGAACCACAACAUCCAGGCCAGUCUCCAGUUCACUUAAGCCCUGGGGUGUCCAGAUCCCAUAAUACAAUCACGCCAGAUUCCCCUAUUUGCAUGGGUCACCCAGUAACAAUUAUGAAAUUACCCCAGUCACCGGGUCCAGUGACACCCAAGAGUAUCCGACCACCAUACAGCGAGACCUUCUUCAAAACUCCUGGCAGCCUUGGAGAACCUGUGGCUUGGAGAAAGAUCGAAGGGAGUCAAAGAAAUUUAAGCUCUGCCCAGAGGAGACUACAGAUAUCCAGUGGCAGCACUGAUUAA